GUGGUGGCCGUGCGGCUCCUGACGAUCUGCCGCUGCGCUACGUGGCUAUGGAGGAGCUGCCGGAGGGGGAUGUGCCGGAGAGCAUCCGCUCGGUGUGCGGCCCCGCGGUGUGCUCCAUGCGGCUGCCCCGGGUGCGGUGCGAGGAGGUGGGCUUCACGCGGGAGGGGCGCGGUCUGGGCAUGCCGGUGCGGCCGGCGUGGAGGGGAGUGGUUCGCGACGCCGCUCAGCUGCAUGCGCUGGAGGAGCGCUCCUUCCAGCAGUGGGCGCAGCGGCUGCAGGAGGGCGUGGAAUGCCCUUCCCGCAUCAGCUUCUUCGAGCCUCGUCUGGACUUCUGGCGGCAGCUGUGGCGGGUGCUGGAGCGGUCGGACGUGGCGGUGAUGAUCGUGGACGCACGCAACCCGCUGCUGCACUUCUCGGAGGCGCUGGCCCACCACGUGCUGUCCGACCACGGUCUGCCCGCACUGCUGGUGCUCAACAAGUGCGACCUGGUGCCUGGGGCGGCGGUGGAGGCGUGGAGGGGCUUCUUCGAGGGGAGGUACCCGGGACUCAAGGUGGUUGCUAGCAGUGCAGCUGCCGGGGGCGGGGCGGGUGCUGCAGCGGCCAUCAUGGACGCCCUGCUGGACUGCGCCGUGCUGCGGGACGGAGCGCGGGUCAAGGUGUCGGAGGUGGUGCGCAUGAGCCGGGAUGAGGUGCUGGCGCACUCCAAGGCACGCAACACGCACAGCAAGCGCGACAGACCGCAGGCGCCACCACCACCGCACCGGCAGCAGCAGCAGCAGCAGCAGGAGCAGGAGCAUGAACGGCCUCUUGCAAGGGCCCAAGAGGAGCAGGAACAUGAGGAGGAGGGUAGCGGCGCUUCGGACGGGGAUGGCGGAGAUGAGGACGGCGAGGAGGAGUGGGCAGUCAAGGGCACCAAGGCUCGCAAGAAGCUGGCGGUGCGCAAGAAGCGUCACCAGCGGCUGCAUGCGGCAGGGGGAGG